AUGCCGCGCCGGAAGCUUGCUUCUGGCCGCACUGGGGCCUCAGGCCCAGCUCCUGCAAAGCAGGCUGUUUUGAGUAGAUUCUUCCGAUCUCAGGGAAGCUUGAAGUCCACCUCCUCCCCCGCCGUUGCAGCCGAGAAAGCCGACCCUGACGCUGCAGCGACCUCAGCAUCUAAUUUCUCAUCUCAUUUGCUGCCUCAAUUGGCCACAGAAAUUGACCGAAGUAAAAAAACAGCAUUGGAGAAUGAUGGGCCUGUUAAAAAGAAGCCAAAGAAAGUCCCAGAAAAAGAAGGAGGAAGUGGUUUGGUAAUGUCUGGCAACUCUGAGCCAAAGAAAUGUUUGAGGACUAGAAUUGUUUUAAAGUCUCUGGAAAAAUUGAAAGAAUUCUGCUGUGAUUCUGCUCUUCCUCAAAAUCCAAUCCCAACAAAGCCUCUUCAGGAGAGAUUUGCAGUUUUGCCCAAAUGUACUGAUUUUGAUGAUAUCACUCUUCUACGUGCAAAGAAUGCAGUUUCUUCUGAAGAUUCCAAAACACAAGUUCAUCUAAAGGAUACAACUCUGAUGCACUCCCUUCCUUAUUUUAACUCUUUUUGUUGUCAGGGCAAACCACUACCUUCUGACCCCAAACCAUCUAACAAACGGAGCAAAAGCACCUACACUCCAUUGGAAUUACAGUACAUGGAAAUGAAGCAGCAGCAUAAAGAUGCAAUAUUGUGUGUGGAAUGUGGAUAUAAAUAUAGAUUCUUUGGCGACGAUGCGGAGAUUGCAGCCCGAGAACUCAAUAUUUAUUGCCAUUUGGAUCACAACUUCAUGACAGCAAGUAUACCUGCUCAUAGACUGUUUGUUCACGUGCGCCGCCUUGUGGCAAAAGGAUAUAAGGUGGGAGUUGUGAAGCAAACUGAAACUGCAGCAUUAAAAGCCAUUGGGGACAAUAAAAGUUCAGUCUUUUCCCGGAAGUUGACCGCUCUUUAUACAAAAUCUACCCUUAUUGGAGAAGAUGUGAAUCCCCUGAUGAAGCUGGAUGAUGCUAUAAAUGUUGACGAGAUAAUGACUGAUAAUUCUACCAAUUAUCUGCUGUGUAUCUGUGAAAACAAGGAAACUAUUAAGGACAAAAAAAAGGGGAAUAUUUUUAUUGGCAUUGUGGGAGUGCAACCUGCCACAGGUGAGGUUGUGUUUGAUAGUUUCCAUGAUUCUGCUUCCCGUUCAGAACUAGAAACUCGGAUACUAUGCCUGCAGCCAGUGGAGCUGCUGCUGCCCUCAGACUUAUCAGCACAAACAGAGGCACUCAUCCUCAGAGUAACGGCUGUUAGUGCACAGGAUGACAGAAUUCGAGUUGAAAGGAUGGAUAACGUUUAUUUUGAAUACAGCCAUGCUUUCCAGGAGAUUACAGAUUUUUAUGCGAAAGAUGUAGUUGACAUCAAAGGUUCUCAAAAUUUUUCUGGCAUUAUGAAUCUGGAGAAGCCUGUGAUUUGCUCUUUGGCCGCCAUGAUAAGAUACCUCAAAGAAUUUAACUUGGAAAAAAUGCUCUCCAAGCCCAAGAAUUUUAAACAAUUGUCUAGUGAAAUGGAAUUCAUGACAAUUAAUGGAACAACACUAAGGAAUCUGGAAAUCCUACAGAAUCAGACUGAUAAGAAAACCCACGGAAGUUUAUUUUGGGUUUUAGACCACACAAAAACUUCAUUUGGGAGGCGGAAGUUAAAGAAAUGGGUGACCCAGCCACUCCUUAAAUUAAGGGAAAUCAAUGCUCGACUUGAUGCUGUAUCUGAAGUUCUGCAUUCAGAAUCGAGUGUGUUUGGUCAGAUAGAAAAUCUUCUACGUAAAUUGCCAGACAUAGAGAGAGGACUCUGUAGCAUUUAUCACAAAAAAUGUUCUACCCAGGAGUUCUUCUUGAUUAUCAAGACAUUGUAUCACUUGAAGUUGGAAUUUCAAGCAUUAAUACCUGCUGCUAAUUCCCAAAUUCAGUCCAACUUGCUCCAGACAUUUAUUUUAGAAAUUCCUGAACUUCUCAGCCCAGUGGAGCAUUAUGUAAAGAUACUUAAUGAACACGCUGCCAAAAUCGGGGACAAAACUGAAUUAUUCAAAGACCUUUCUGACUUCCCUAUAAUUAAGAAGAGAAAGGAUGAAAUUCAAGAAGUUACUAACAAGAUCCAAAUACAUUUGCAAGAAAUACGAAAAAUACUAAAAAAUCCUUCUGCACAAUAUGUGACAGUAUCAGGACAGGAGUUUAUGAUUGAAAUAAAGAAUUCAGCUCUAUCUUGUAUACCAACUGAUUGGGUUAAGGUGGGAAGCACCAAAGCUGUGAGCCGCUUUCACUCUCCUUUUAUUGUAGAAAAUUACAGACAUCUGAAUCAGCUCCGGGAGCAGCUAAUCCUUGACUGCAGCUCUGAAUGGCUAGAUUUUCUAGAGAAUUUCAAUGAGCAUUAUUACUCCUUGUGUAAAGCGGUUCAUCACCUAGCAACUGUUGACUGCAUAUUCUCCCUGGCCAAGGUCGCUAAGCAAGGAGAUUACUGCAGACCAACGCUACAAGAAGGAAGGAAAAUUAUAAUAAAAAAUGGCCGGCACCCUGUGAUUGAUUUGUUAUUGGGAGAACAGUAUGUUCCGAACAGUACUCAUCUAUCAGAGGACUCAGAGAGAGUAAUGAUAAUUACCGGACCAAACAUGGGGGGAAAAAGCUCCUACAUAAAACAAGUUGCGUUGAUUACUGUCAUGGCUCAGAUUGGCUCCUAUGUUCCUGCAGAGGAAGUGACAAUUGGGAUUGUGGAUGGCAUUUUCACAAGGAUGGGAGCUGCAGACAAUAUAUAUAAAGGGCGAAGUACAUUUAUGGAAGAACUGACAGACACAGCAGAAAUAAUAAGAAAAGCAACAUCACAGUCCUUGGUCAUCUUGGAUGAAUUGGGACGAGGGACGAGCACCCACGAUGGAAUCGCCAUUGCUUAUGCUACACUUGAGCAUUUCAUUAGAGAUGUGAAAUCCUUAACCCUGUUCGUCACUCAUUAUCCACCAGUUUGUGAACUGGAAAAAAAUUACUUACAACAAGUGGGGAAUUAUCACAUGGGAUUCUUGGUCCAUGAAGAUGAAACCAAACAAGAGUCAGGCAAAGAAGAACAAAUCCCUGACUUUGUCACUUUUCUUUAUCAAAUAACCAGAGGGAUUGCAGCAAGGAGUUAUGGACUCAAUGUGGCUAAACUAGCAGAUGUUCCCGGAGAAAUUUUAAAGACCGCAGCUCAUAAAUCAAAAGAUCUUGAAGGAUUAGUAAAUAUGAAAAGGAACAGGAUAAAAUAUUUUGCAAAAUUAUGGACAAUAAAUGAUGUGGAAGACCUCAAAAAGUGGACAGAUGAGUUUGCAAUAGAAGAAAUUACAGACUUCUCUUCCUGA